AUGCAGUUCUUCCUCUCACUUGACCCUGUCCGCUCCUCGCUCAACUUGCAGAAGCGGGGGGCACCCGCAAAAAAGACUCAGGUGGUGUUGAGCGAAUCGGAUGGCGACGACGACUUCGAGCUGUCGCUCGCGAGUGACAGUGAUUCUGAGGUCGCCUCUCCCAAGGCCAGGACGCCCACCGCCCGGGCGAAGAUCCCAGGUCCCCUGGCAGGCUUGGACCCUGUGGCUGUGGAGGCCGUGGAGGCCGUUGACGCCGCCGCCAAGAAGCUGCCUCCAGAGGAGGCCCUGAAGCUGAGCUUCAUGUCGGAGACCUCGUAUGCGGCUCGAGCUCCCGACGAGCCCCCCAAUGCCGGGACCAAGGCCAUCCCCAAGGGCCACCCAGACUGCCUGACGGGCAAGACGUUUGUGAUCAGUGGCGUGCUGGACUCGCUGAAACGUGAGGAGGCAGAGGAUCUCAUCCGGAGGCAUGGCGGCAAGGUUACCGGCAACGUCAGCGGCCGCACCUCCUUCCUGGUGAUCGGUCAGUAUGCUGGGCGGUCCAAGCACGCGGCUGCCCAGGCCAAGGGCACCCCUGUCAUUGACGAGGGUGGGCUGCUGUCCCUGGUGGAAGCCACCGUGCACCUAGUCUCCCGGUCACCGGACACGGCGCGCGGCGCCGUGUCCGGCGCGGCCCCGAACGCUGCGGCGGCCGCUUCGGCCCCUGGGUCUGCCCCCGCGCCUGCGCCUCGUGGACUGGCGCCCCCUGCCACCACCCCACGCGCCGCCGUGGCGCUCCCCGCCCCCGCCGCCGACCAGUCGCUGUGGGUGGAGAAGUGGCGGCCCAAGACCACGGCGGAGCUCGUGGGCAAUAACGGGCUGGUGGCCACCCUCCGCCAAUGGCUGCGGGAGUGGGAGGCCGUCCACCUGCACGGCCGGGAGCCCUGCGGCGCUGCUGGCGCCAGGGGCAAGGGGGCUGCCGACCUGAAGAAGCGGGCGGUGCUGAUCAGCGGUCCCCCCGGCAUCGGCAAGACCACGGCCGCACUCUGCCUCUGCCGCGAGCUAGGCCUGCGGGCAGUGGAGGUGAACGCCAGCGACACCCGCUCCAAGGCCGACGCCUCGGCGCUCAAGGGCGUGGGGGGAAAGCUGGCCAACGCCAUCAAGGAGCUGACCACCAAUGCCGCGGUUUCCUACUCCACCACCGGCACUCGGGACAAGCUGUGCCUGAUCAUGGAUGAGGUGGAUGGCAUGUCGGCGGGGGACCGCGGUGGGGUGGCCGACUUCAUUCAGACCAUCCACAAGACGCGGACACCCAUCAUCGCCAUCUGCAACGACAAGUACCACCCCAAGCUGAGGUCACUGCGCAACCACUGCCUGGAGCUGGAGUUCCGCAAGCCAACCGUGCAGCAGAUCACCAAGCGUGCGCAGGAGAUCUGCAGGGCCGAGGGACUGGCCGUGAACGAUGCUACGCUGGCCGCCCUAAUUCAAUCGGCAAACGGCGGCGACAUCCGACUGAUCGUGGGCCAGCUGCAGAUGGUGCGACGGCGCUCCGCCAGCCUCUCCUACGACCAGGUCAAGACGGGAGGCAUGGGGGCGUCCAAGGACCUGGAGAUGUCCCCCUUCGAAGCCGGGCGCCGCUUGCUGGGAUAUGAGGGCGAAGGCCUGUCGCUCUCGGAUCAAAUGGACCUGGUCUUCCAGGACGCUGACCUGGUACCCCUCCUGGUCCAGGAGAACUACAUAAACCACCGCCCCAAGAUUGCCCAGAACGACACGAUGCGCAUGCAGAUCAUCGCCAAGGCAGCAGACGCCUUCUCCGCGGGCGACCUGGUGAACCGCAGGGUGCGGCAGACCCAGAACUGGGCACUGUCCCCCUUUGCAGUGGUCAUGGGCACGAUUUUCCCAGCCACCUACAUGCGCGGUGGGCGGGAGGUGCUGGGCCUGUACCCCAUGGAGCCCAACUUCCCGAGGUUCACUGCCUGGCUGGGCAACUUCUCCAGUUCCAACAAGCAGCGGCGCCUGCUGGGCGAGCUGCACACCCGGAUGACGUCAUCCGGGUCGCUGGAGUGCGACCGCACUGCGCUGCGCCUGGGCUACCUGCCCGUGCUGCGGAACACCCUGGUCCAGCCCCUGGCAAGGAAAGGAAAGGAGGGCAUCGAGGAGGUGCUACACCAGAUGGCAGACUACUCCCUGGCGCGGGAAGACAUUGACUUCAUCACGGAUGUCACAAAGUGGAAGACCAAGGGGACGUGGGGCGAGGACCCCAUGAAGCCCAUCGAGACACAGGUGAAGUCUGCCUUUACCAGGGCCUUCAAUGCGCAGCACCUACGCCCCAAGACCGGCUUCAAGAUGGAAGGGGGGGUGAAGAAGAAGGGACGGGGCGGCGGCGCCUCCCUGGAGGGCGGAGCGGAUGAGUUUGCGUCUCGUAGGUUUGAGCUGAAGCGUUUUGAGGAGGCGCAGCCAGAGCCAGAAGCUGGCAGCGCGAAAGCCUUGCCGGGUGGCACCGGCAUGAAACGCCAUUCGCUCUCGCAGGCCAUGGGGAGUGACCUGAAGAAGAAGUCGAGGCUGGAGGGCAGUCGUGGCAAGGGCGCAUCUCCUUUGUCUGCCGGGCCUAUUGAGAAGGAGGAGCUGGCAGCUUCCCUGGCGAAUGCACGCAAGGAGCUGAGGCAGUCCAACGAGCAGCUGCAGCAGGCAAGGCUGGCAGAGGCUCGGCUGGCCGCCCAGGUCACGCAGUUAAGGGCAGCCAAGACGGCGCUCAUGGCCGCCGGGGCGACGCCUGCCAAGGCUGUGCAGGGUCUGGCGCGCCAGCAAGACGGCGACAUAGAACCCGACCGCCACGCCGCUGAGGUGCAGGCCCUGAUGCGGGAGGUGGAGGUCCUGAAGGCAGAGGUGGCACAAGCCCGGGAGGCCGCACAGACGGCCAACGCCGACGCAGCAGCUGCACGCGCGCAGGCGGCGGAGGCGGAGGAGGACCGGAGGAGUGCGUUGGCGGCUGCAGAGGCUGCAAAGGAGGCUGCUGCCGAGUCUAAGAGGACCGCAGAGGAGGCUGAGGCCCAGGCGUCGGCCUUCUCCAUCAAGGCUCAGACGGCGGAGCACCUGGCUGGGCAGGCGAGGAGCGAGACCGAUGCCGCCGUGGGCAAGGCCGCCAAGGCUGAGGAGGGAACGAAGGCGGCCACAGCCGAGGUGGAGCACUUGAAGCAGCAGCUGCAGUUGGCAUCCGACACGGCGCUAGAAAUGUCACGCAACUCCGACACCAAGACGGGCCGAUUACAUGUGCAGCUGCGGCGAGAAACGGAAGCUCGUGCCGCUGCUGACGAAAAGGUUUGCGCCCUGGAGGCAGAUCUCGCCGCUGCUGUGGCACUAGAGGAGAAGGUAAAGGCGGAGGCCGAAGCGUGGCAGGGGCGUGCGGAGCAGGCAGUGCACGACCUCGCUGAGGCCAAGGCUCAGCAUCGCGCCCUGAUGGACAGUGCGGCGGCGCUGGCGCAGAGGCACACGACAAUGGAGUACUGGGUCGCCGACAUCGCCAAGAGCCUUUUGCAGACCCCCGCGGCCCUAGCGCGUCUGGCCGAAGCGCGCACAGCGUGCCUGCAGGCGCAUGAGGGGGUCCAGAGCUCGCUGGCUGCCACGGCCGAUCUGCUGGAGGGCUUGCGAGCCAUUCCGGACCUCAUCCAGGGCAAGGGGAAGCCCUGGCGCCGCUAG